AUGACGAAGUCGGCUGGCUCCUCGGGGCCCCUUCGUGGCUUCGGGCCAAGUGGUGUACUCGAUCCAACAAUAUACGCGUACCUUGGAGUCCCGGGACUCUUGGCUCUGGGCACCGUCCUUGCCAUAGUGAGCCUUACUUUCUACCACCUUUGGCGUCGGGACCAGCGCCUACGACACCUUCCGCCGAAAGUCCCCGGAUUUCCCAUCAUCAACCAGACGCUCUACCACAUGCAAGACGACCUGGCUACCAAUGCGAUCAAGUGGACACGCGAAUAUGGCGAGAUUUACCGCACGCGGACGGGCAUGACCGAUUGGAUCUGGCUCAACUCGGGAGAGGCCGUCAAGGAAAUCAUCGAUCGCAAGAGCUCCAUCUAUUCCAGCCGGCUGAUCAGCCCGAUGGGAUUCGAGGCAGCCAGCGGCGGCCGGAGGGUGGUAUUUAUGCCACGCGGCAAAAAGUGGCGCACCAUCCGAGGCAUCAUCCAUAAGCUGCUGACACCCAAAGCUGCCAAGUCCUAUGCCCCCAUUCAGACUUUCGAAGCAAAGCAACUUUCCGUUGAUCUUCUGAAUUCUCCUCAAGACUUCUACAUGCACAAUCGACGAUACACGGCAAGCUUGAUCUUACAAAUAACAUACGGUCGCCGACUGCCCAAAUUUGAAUGCGAAGAAAUGCACAAGAUCUUCGAAGUGCUUAUCCGGUUUGGUCAGAUCAGGAGGCCAGGUCAGUGGCUCGUGGACAGCUUUCCAUCGCUCGCGAACUUCCCCCCUUUCGAUCUGGUCAGCAACUGGCGCCAGUUCGGGAAAGAAUGCCAUCUGAAGGAUUCGAAAAUCUGGAUGGACUUGUGGACGCGGAUGCGCCAGGAGAUCGAGGCCGGCACCGCUCCGCACAGCUUCGGCAAGGGCUUCGUGCACAGCGACUGGGCCGAGAAGGGAUUGGACGAGCUUCAGGCCGCCUACGUGUUGGGCACCAUGAUCGAGGCUGGUUCCGAGACCACCAGCGUGCAGCUGAACAACACCUUAGUAGGGAUCCUGUCCAGGGGCCGGGAAGUGGUGAAGGCGGCGCAGGCAGAGCUCGAUAGAGUUGUCGGAAGCGACCGCACACCCACGUUUGAGGACGAGGAGAACCUCCCCUACAUCCGAGCAAUGGUCAAGGAGGUCAACCGAUGGAGGUUCGUGAACAAGUUCGGUACCAAUCACUACGCGACCGAAGAGGGUUGGUACAAGGGCUAUUUCAUCCCCAAGGGCAGCGUCGUCAUGAUCAACAUCUGGGGCUUGCACUAUGACCCCAAACGAUUCCCGGACCCAGAGAAGUACGAGCCGAUGAGAUAUUACAACCACAAGUUGUCAGCGGCCGAGUCGGUAGCCGCGGGCGACCCAGACCUACGCGACCACUGGACCUAUGGAGGCGGGCGCAGGAUAUGCCCCGGCAUGCACGUUGCGGAGCGUAGUCUCUUCCUCAACAUUGCACGGCUCAUGUGGGGGUUCGAUGUGAGGCAUGCUAAGGAUGCGAACGGCGUCGACAUCCCCGUGGAUUCGACUUUCACCGGCAUGGUUCCGGGAGCCACCGCGGCUCCGAUACCCUUCAAGUGCGACAUACGAGUCCGGAGCCCCAAACACGAGAGGAUAUUGCGUCAGGAGUGGAUGGAUGCGCAGGCGGAAGGCUUGAAGCUCGAGGAAAUCAACUUCGGGGACGGGGUGGUAGAGGAGGAUAUCAAGGCUUAACAACAUGUCUAGAUAUAUUCAGGGUAGGUGAGUGGGGACAUG